AUGGCUAAGAAAAAGCCUGACGCCUCGUCCACGGAGUCCGGCGACCGUCGAAAGUCUGCGGCGGGCUACUUCGACGAACUUGCACGCAAUCACCUCAGAACUGUCUUCCUCGUGAUCGUGUUGCUCUCUCUGGGCACGGCGCCUUUACAGAUCACCGAACCCGACCAGGUCUGUCUUGUAGUAAUUAAUUUCUUUCCUCUCAUUGCACUUGCCGGCAAGCUGACUGGGUACAAUGGAACGUUUCCUUUUGGGAAACCGGGAGAUAAGUACGAGGACCACAACUAUGCGGGAAUGCGCAUUUUCUGUGCCUUGCUGGGGAGCAUGGUUCCACCCUUCUGUUUUGUGAUUGUGUGGGAGCUCUCACAUUCCCUGCCUGCUGCCGUCCUAGCCUCGUCGUUGGUCAUCUUCGAUGUCGGGCUGGUGACGCUGUCUCAGUACAUUCUCCUGGACCCCAUCCUUAUGUUUUUCAUCGUCGGCGCCUUCAUGAGCAUUGUUGUGUUCAAGGCACAGUCAAACAGGCCAUUUACUAAAAUGUGGUGGACUUGGCUAGUGGUGUCUGGUGUUUUCCUGUCUUGUGCAAUAAGUGUGAAGUUUGUUGGCCUCUUCGUCAUCCUUCUUGUUGGUUUCUACACAGCCUACGACUUAUGGGAGCUUCUCGGAGAUUUAGAAAAGCCUCUGGUUCUGGUGGGAAAGCACUUUGUGAGCAGAGCCCUGUGCCUGAUUCUGCUUCCCAUGUGUCUGUACAUGCUGUACUUCUAUGUGCACCUGCAUGUGCUGUACAAGAGUGGCAGCGGAGACGGCUUCUUCAGUUCCGAGUUCCAGUCUAGGCUAAAAGGAAACUCUCUGUACAAAGCUAGCAUGCCUAGAGAGGUGGCGUAUGGUGCUCAGAUCACACUGAAGAACCACCGCACGGGGGGCGCCUAUCUCCACUCACAUUGGCAUCUGUAUCCAGAAGGGCUGGGAGCCAGGCAGCAGCAGGUGACGACCUACUCUCACAAGGACGACAACAACAACUGGAUCAUCAAGAAGUAUGACCAGGAACCCAAUCCUAAGAACAAAACGGUUGAGCUGGUUCGCAACGGCGACCUGAUACGUCUUGAGCAUGUGGUCACAACUCGCAACCUUCACUCCCACAAGGAGCCUGCGCCAGUGACGAAGCGACACUACCAGGUCACCUGCUACGGGGAGAACGGAACCGGUGAUGCGAACGACGUCUGGAAGGUGGACGUCGUGGGUGGCACGCCGGGCGAGGUGUUGCAGACGGUCACCAGCAAGCUGAAACUCGUCCAUUAUCUCACUGGUUGUGCCCUGCACUCACACAACAAGCAACUUCCCAAGUGGGGCUACGAACAAAUGGAGGUCACCUGCCACCCAAACAUGAGAGACAAGAACAUCCUGUGGAACGUUGAGGACAACCAUUACCCACACUUGCCGAACGUAAGCUUCGAGGCUUAUGCCCCUGGAUUCCUGAAGAUGUUCAUGGAGUCACAUGCAGUCAUGCUUCAGGGCAAUGCUGGUCUGAAGCCCAAAGAGGGUGAAGUCACCUCCCGUCCUUGGCAGUGGCCGAUCAACUACAAGGGUCAGUUCUUCUCGGGCGUCCAGUACCGCGUCUACCUGCUGGGCAACCCCGUGAUCUGGUGGGGCAACUUGGUCUGCAUGGCCCUCUACGGCUUCAUCCAGCUGUACGUGCUGGUGCGGCAGCAGCGAGGCUACAUGGGUAGCCCUGAGACGGAAGAUCGUGACCGUCGCCUUACUCGGUCUGCGACUUGGCUCGUCAUCGGUUGGGCUCUGCACUAUCUGCCCUUCUACGGAAUGGGUCGAGUGCUCUACUUUCAUCACUACUUCCCGGCGCUAAUCUUCAGCUCAAUGCUGUCAGGUGUGGUGCUGGACUAUGUCCUCCGUGUGGUGCCAAUCUUCUUACCCGAGAAAAUCAGGCUGUCUGCGCACCACUGGAUCAUGGGUUGCUAUCUUUCAGUCAUUCUGUACAGUUUCUACUUGUUCUCACCUCUUGCCUACGGAAUGGACGGUUCCGUCUCGGUCCACGAGAACAGCACCAUGCACGGACUGCGGUGGCUCGACACUUGGGAAUUUUGAGUGCAAUUGUUUUCUUUCAAUUCCUGCAGUGACAGGGGCAGACGCUCGUAGGCCUCUGUCACGGCAGGAACCCGACAUGUAUGAUAAACGAAUAAUAAAUUAACGGUGAUUAAUAUAUUGUAGUAUCCGUGCACAGAGUUCUUGUUUAUAUGGAGAUACUAAUUUUAGGCACUAGCUCAAGGCACCAGGCAAAUGUGUUCCUUCAAUGAGAAGUUUCACUUACAGAGGGACAGACCUGAGGGAUAGACAAAACACAUUGUUAUGUCGAAUAAAUAAAUUGUGCAUCAGA